AUGAACACAAAUGUGAUUGAAAUUACGAUAUUGGGCCAUGUCGUUGUUUUUCAUUACAAUGUUUUGGGGUCAGAAACUAAACUCGUUUUAAGUUCCAAGGUCAAUGGGGUCGUUAUCGUGUGGAUGUUUUUUAUUAUAUUACCUAAAAUGGGUUUAUACAAUACGGCUGGGAAAACCAAUCACUUCAUUCUAAGCUUAGCAUUCUUUUCGAUUUAUUUAUUACUAUUUGGAUUCUGCUAUAAUGGUUUUAUUGCGAAUAACAAGGAAGUACAAAUUCUUGUCGACGGCAUAGACAACUUCUGUCGGUUGAAAGUUUUCGAAGCUGACCGUACUGGUGAUGCUUUCUUUUUCUUUUCGGGAUUAUCCUUUGAGCCAUCAUUUCUGGAUUUCGGUGAACAACCUUUUUCUCACCCUAAACAUGUCGAAGUCACCAUCACCAAUAUUGAUGCUGACCAGUCGAUUGAUCUCGUCACUACUUUCGGAGUUUCUCAAUUCAUAUUUUGGUCCAGAUUCAACCAGACAGCGCUCUCCCCUGCUUCAUCUGCUAAUUUCAAUAUAACAUUUUUACCUUAUACUGUGGGUGAUUUUGAAACUUCCAUAUAUAUCCAGACGUCAUUAGGCGUUGCAAAAUAUCAGGUGUUCGGAUCCAGCUACAUCAGUGACGAUUACUUGAUACCUUUCGUCAACCUCGAAUCUCUGGAUGAAAAUAAAAAGUCAUUCGAAUUAAAACUAGUCAACCCUUUAUCCUGUUCUGUGAAGGUUGACAAUCUGAGAGUAUUUUCGGAUGGACUUCUUACGGAAUAUUGCAGCUAUUCUCAAGUCACAUCUAAUCCGACUAGUAGAAAUGAUCUAAUUGAUAAUUAUGCAUUUGAACCUAUAAUACUUCAUUCUUACGAAAAAAGAAGUUUACUGAAAGCAACUAUUGAUGCGGAUGAUAUGGAAUUAAUUCAGAUUUCAAGCUUACUUUGGAAGUUUGAUCCUUACUGCAAACCUGACCAAAUAUUUUCUGGAAAUUCAACUGACGGUAUGGGUUUCUUGAGCUCAUCAAAUAAGUUUUCGAAGUUACCAGCCGCAUUGAUUUCCAUAAAUAAAUUUAUCAAUCAAGUUUUGUACUCACGUGUCAGCCUUCUGUAUCUUGGUGUUAUUAACAGUCGAUCGGGUUCCAUUUCUAAACCAAUAGAAGUUUUAUUUCUCGGUAAUCAGCUACUUGAAAUCACAAGUAUUGAAGCUAAUAUCUAUGAUGAAGCUUUAUCAAUUAAUAUUACAGAAAAAAUUAUUUCACCACAUACUACGACUCCAAAAACUAUUGCCAUCGUAACACUUUCAUCGGCACAUUUAUCUCACAGUUAUUAUUUAUCUGGUAUGAUUUCUGUAUUCACGAAUGAUCAGUCUAUUUAUUUACGUAUACCUUUCUAUGGUCGACUGGUUUAUGGUUCACUUACAUCAAGUGUUCAAACAGUGCCCAAUUAUUUAAAUGAGAAGAAUCGGCAAGAUCCAGUGUUUUUAUUUCGUUUUAUGCUAACUAAUCGAUAUGAUUUUACGCUAUUCAUAUCGAAAAUUGAUUUCUUAACUCCGAGUCAUAAGUAUUUACUACAGAUUCAUCAUCAUAUAACUAAUGCCGAACUAAUACCGAAUCAAACGAAAUUGUUUAUGAGUAUAUCUAUUGUUGAUAAUAGGAUUACACGUUUACAUGGUAUAAUGGUUGUUUACUCGAGUAUAUCCACUUUUCAUAUACCGUAUGAUAUUUAUUCUGGUAAACUUCAUUUUUCCAUUGAUGGUGCACGACAAUUGCAAGAUGUUUAUUUAUUGGGUACAACAUUAAUUGGUCAGAUACGUAAUCAAUCUAUUACGAUUGUCAAUCUAAAUCCUGUACCGGUUGAAUUAACGUCAGUUAAUAUAUAUACAGAGUCGGAUAAUAAUGCCAAGUGUGAGAUUAUGAAACACAAGCAUGAAGGUUGCCAACUUUCAGGUCCAUGUGAAAAUUGUCUUUUUCAGUUUACUGAAAUCCAAUCAUUAUCAGAAGUUAAUAUCCCAUUUUCAUGGGGUAAUGAAAAUGUUACUCAACAUAUUAAAGGAUUUAUACAAAUUAAAACAAAAUAUACAGUAAUAGAACAACAAUUUGAAUAUUUUGUAACACGUGGCCUUAUUAAUGUGAUACCCAAUCCACUGAUUGUAAAUAGUUUAUUUCCUGGAAAAAUUAUCAUGCAUAAAAUAACUGUCCAGAAUGCGUAUCCUACAGAGAUCAAUAUUGCUGACAUAAAAUUACAUCGUCCUAUCAUGUCUUCAGAUAAUUUUGACAAUGAGAUUUCACUUGAUUUUAUCCAAUUUUAUAAAAUUAAACGAAACAAGACUAGCAAUGACACAGAUUCACCUUAUUUAUUUCAACCAAUUCAAUUCUCAGCAAAUCAAUCUAGAGUAAUUGGAGUUGUUUAUUUUGAUCCGUCUGCGAGUUGUGUUGAUAGGUUUGAAGAUAUUGCUCAGUAUGAUACAAUGUCGACAACAGCUACUGUUACUACUACUACCACCAGUACUACUAAUACUACCAAUUCGACUGCAGUUUAUCCUGUCCCCUAUAUAGUUAAACCUCUUGGAGCUAAUAAACCAUUUUGUUAUUGUGGAUUUAAUUUGGAUACUUCUUUAGGAAUGUUAUGGUUGAAAGGUGUUAGAGGGACUGUUAAUCAAUCUACAGAUAAAAUCACUCAUCAGUCAUUUAUAAAUCGUCUAAUAAUUGAAGAAACAUUUAAACUAUACAAUGAAUUAUACAAUCAAUGGUUAAAACAUUUGAUGAAUAAAGAUAUUACUUCUAAACAUCCUUUUAUGAACAAAAAUAUCUUAACAUCUAUAAGUUAUAAACUGCCUGAUGAAAAUAUAUCAUUUUUUAGUGAUUUAUCUGUUCGAUAUAUGUGGCCGCAGAUAACUAAAGCCCGGAAGGUUCCUAUAAAUGUAUCAAGUAAACAUUUGACAUUUUGUACUAUUAAAAAUGUCCCCUCUUCAUUAUCAGUAUCGUCAGAAUCAGAGAAUCGAUCUUUAUUCACUCAUCGUUUGAUGCAAAUACCAACAGUAACAUCAUCAUCAUUACUGUCGCUGUCAGAAGCAACAAAUUCAUUUCAAUGUAUUUUUCAAAUAACGAAUCCUCAAUCAACGAUAAAUCCGUUAUUUGUUCAACCCUUAUUAUGGAAUGAAGUAUAUAAAAUCUAUGCUACAAAUGAAUCGGAAUUAAAUCAUUUAAAAAAACUGAUUGCCAAUAUUUCGGCGGAUUCAACAUUCAUCGAUUCAUUAUUCACAACACAGUAUGGAGAAUUUUCUGUCCAACCAUUUUUAUGUUCCGAUUGUCAACUAAUCAAUCAUUCUAUCAAUUUAACAUAUCCUCCAAGUUAUAUUUUACCGUCGAAUGGGAGUGGACAAUAUUUUCGCUUAAUAUUUACACCAUAUCAAAAUAUAUUUGAAUUAUUAAAUCAGAAUAAGGUGAACAAUGAAGAUACCAUACGUAGUCUAUUAAUAAUACGAAAUAAUUUAACUUCAAUAGAACCUUUAUGGUUAGAAAUUCAUUUUGGUCGGAUUGGUUUAACACUUGGCAAAUUGUCAACUACAAAAACAAUAUCUAAAUUGACAAAAUCGAUUAGUGCUUUCGUUAGUAUAUUUGAAAAUGAUCCCAGUCAUAUUAAACAUUCCAUUUCGCCUAAUAUUGAUCUAUAUAUUCGUAAUGUACCACCUAGUAGCAGUAGUAGCAGUAGUAGUAGUGGCAUUAAUGGAUUCAGUACAUUGAAGGAUAACUUAAUUUCUUCAUUGAAAAUUGAUCAAACUCUUUGUGAUAUCGACUUAGAUUUCACUAGUCUAUUCAACAACAAAGCAAUUCAUCAAAAGAUUCACCAGGAUUUAUCAUUAAAAUUUGAAUUCACUGAAAAAACUAUUGGAACAUUUUGUGAGCCGCCUAAAACAAAAUCGAUAGACAAUUUACCUUCUCCAUUUCAAUCUAAGCAUCGGAGACAAUCGAGUGAUUCUAAUCAUUUUGCUGAUAUUGACAAUCAUCAAGGUUUAUUAACAACUCUUUCAUUACGACGACGAUUAGUACUGCUCAAUUCUGGACAAGUUACGUUGAGUAUAUUUAUGCUGAGCCUUUUACCAUCAAUGAAUGGUAGACAGGAAUUCACUGAAAACUUUUCACUAACCAAUAAUUUAUCAAUACCUACAUCUUAUUCUUGGUUAUAUUCACAUUUAUCAUGUAAUUUAAAUGGUUUUAAAUUAGAUCCAUGUAUACUACCGCCUACAACGAUGACAACAGCAAAGAUGAUGAGUAUUAAUGAUCCUGAUAUAAAUAAUAGUUCUAAUAUUAUUACAAUUUUACCAGGUCAACAGAUUAUCAUCGAACUACGACAUUAUCCAGAUUUUACGCAUACCUUUUUGACAGCAAAUUUAAUUAUUCAAUUAUAUCCAACAUUAUUUCAAUCGAAUAUUCUCCAAUGGUGGGAUCUACAACAAUCGAAUAAAACAGAUGACAGUCAUAUCUUAUUAAUUGAUCUACCCAAGAUUUCACUACAAGCUAUUUUUAAUGCAAAUCUUUUAGGCUCCUGUCUUAGUCUAUUGCCUAGACCAUCAAUCGAAUCAUUUCUAUCGAUGACGGUCUUUCUAUUCUAUUUACUCAAUAUUACUGCAAUACUUAUCAUAUCAUAUGGAGAUGCUAAAGAAAUAUAUACACGUCAUAUUAAAUUACGACAUUACAUAGAUGAACUACCAGAAAAUGUACUCUCAGAUUCUUCUAGACGAUUUAAUUUAAAUCAACCAAGUGAUAAAUUAUGUAUCAAUUGUUGUAUAAACGAUAAAAACUUAUGUAAUCCUUCCACUCGAGAAUUAUUUACCACAUCCAAUUCUCAAUUAUCAUAUUCAACAAUUACAACAUCAAACACUGCUAUACUAAUGAAAAAGCAAUUAACAAAUAGUAUCAUUGAAAAUGAUGAAAUUUCUACAUUGAAUUCAACUAAAACAGAAACAAAACUUAAAUGGAAAGAUAAAAUUAAUUCAAAUGAACAAAAAUUAAAAAAUGAAAUAGUAACAACAAGAUUAGAUUGGAUAAAUUAUUAUUUUCAAUGGUUAUUAGGAUUAUUAUUUCUUAUUAAAUAUAUUAGUUUACAUUGGAUUUUAAUUAUUAUUAUUAAAUAUCCAUAUAAAACAAUGAAAAGAUAUAUUAUAUGUUUGGGAAAAUGCAAAGAUUGGUUAAUAUCAAGCUUAAAUUUAAUUAAUUAUGGUUAUUUUCAUUGUAUUCGUCAAUCGUCAUCAGAUGUUAUAAAUGCUACUAAUGAUAAUAGUCAAUCAACUCCAUCAUUAAAUGAUACAAUAAUAAUAAAUAAAAAAAAUUUAUUCGGCUCAUCAAAACAAUCAUCAGCUGAUGAAGUUAAAAAUCAGAAAGCAUCUUUAAAAUCAUACUCAAGAAACUUAUCAAAAUUAACUAAUCAAACAUCAGACAAAGCGAGUACAUCACGAGCAAAUCGUAAAAAGAAAACAAUGGUCCCAUUGGUUGAAAUCUCAAAGCCAUCAGGAUUCAAUGCUAAUGCAUCAGAUGAUCAUGCUAACGUAUCAAAUCGUUCUCGUUUUACAAAAAUUGAAUCUGUAUCACCACUGCCACCAGCAGCAACACCCACAACACCAACACAGGCAGUCAAUAAAGAUGCUUCACCACCGCGUAUGGCAGAAGCUGAUAUUGUUGCAGCUGUUCAGGCAUCUAUACGACUUACUGAAGAUGUUAAUAAUAAUAAUCAUCACCAUGAAAUACGUCGAAAACAAACCCAACGUAUCUCUUCACGUAAAAAGUGUUAUAACUCUUCCUCACCAUCCUCUGCAUCUGGACCUGAUGUGGAUGAUGACAAUAAUAAGAGUAAGCUAGAUCGUGUAAUGAAUGUGUUCUAUCAAAAUGAUAAUUCACCAGCCCAUUUAAAUUGUAAAUCAGAUUCAAUCGAUAAAAUAUCAUCCUCAUCUUCUGCUGACAAUCAACGUGUUGUAAAUCAUCAAAAUAAAAAAGAAACAUCAAAAUCAACUGUUCCAAGACUACCACAUACAAAACAACUUAUAGAUGAAUACAAUGAAUUUAUAGCUGAAGAGUGUGUCACUUCACAAGAACUCUUGGAAACGGCUAACCAUAAAUCAAUCUCAUCUUCACUGAUUCCAUCUAGUGAAUUGGAUAAGUCCAUUAAGCAUCCACAUCAAUCGCUUGAUACAGUUAGUAACAGUGAAUUAUUCGAUUGGCCUGAAACUAUUCAAACUUGUCCCAACCAAAUUGCGAGGAUGCAUCAUUAUGUCACUAAUGAUCAAUAUCCAUUGACAAUUUAUCCUCUAUGGAGCGGAGCUGUUACUGGGUUGGCCACAUAUUGGAACCAAACGUUGUUAUAUUCAGAUGAAAUGUUAUAUUCAAGUGAUUCACCUGAUGAGGCAAUGAAUCGUUUAUCCGAAGAAACGCAUACAUUUGCACAAUCAUUUAUGACUGAACCAUCUUUACAUUCACAAUUUAUAUCAUCUCAAUUCGAAACAACCCAUUUUAUUCAGCCAACUGGAAUUUAUGAGAAUGGAUUGAAAGAUUAUUUCAGUCAGGAUAAAUUUAUCCUAAAUAAUAAUAUUUAUUCAAGUAUUUGGAAUACUAUGAAGGAGAACGACAAUAAUGAAAGUUAUCCGUCUACUGAAAACUCACCUGAAUAUCUGUCUUCAGAUCAUCUUGUUGGACAGGGUUUUCUACAGUUUGAUCAUUUUUGUGAUUACCAUAUAAACAAAAUUACAGUUGAAAAUGCUUUUAACACUACUUUACCAAUUAUCUAUUCACUAAUUCAAUGUAAUGAUGAUAGAAAAAAUAGUUCUACCGCAUUGCAAUCAUCUUCAAUAAAUUUUCCUACAAAUACAGACAAAUUGGACCGAAUAGAUACUCCUCUAAUCACUCAGAUAUUUCUCGAUGCUUUGCGUACAGCACAUCGUCAAAUUGUUGAUGAAACCAAUCCAUCUUAUCAUUAUACUAAUUCCAUUGUUAACUUUUCAUCUGAAAAUACUACUCCUGAUUACUAUACAAAUGAUGACGAUAACAACACAAUGCGAAUUGAUUGCAGUCCACAUGAUAGUUGUCGAACUAGUUUUUGUGAAUUAUCACGAAUUACUGAAAGUAGACGUUUAUCUGUAUUAAACUAUGAAGCCGAAAUGAACAGUUCUAUUGAAGAAAAGAUGGAAAUAAAAGAAGAGUAUUUCGAUUUAGUACCAAAUCCUUUGAAGAACGGAGUUAGUAACGACCUAAUAUCAUCCGAAGAAUUGUGUAGUUAUUCUUCAUGGAAAUGUAUUGUAGACAUACCACAAUCGGAAUUGUUUCAAGAAUUAGGAUUAUCGGAAACCACAUCUGAACAAUCUAAUUUUGUAUCAACUGGUUUUAUGAAUUAUGAGAAUAUUUUCAACGAAUCAUCUGCUAUUGCCCCAUGGACAUAUAUUUUCGAAAAAGUAAUCAGAAGAAUAAAUGGUAUCGACAAUAAUCAGGAUUCUUCGUUAAAUUGUGAAAAUAAGUUGAAUAAGCCUUCUUCUUCUCCUUCUUUUUCUACUACGAUUACCCUCACUGAUAUGAUUGAAUAA